UUAGAGCAAUCCCGGCCUUGCUACCCUACUUUCCUCCCUCGUCCAUGGCGACGUAAUCUCGCGGCUAGCCACUCAGAAUUUGAUCGAGGUGGCGGUGAUCAAUCGGAUCGUGCGAUGGAGAACGAGGUGUGGACGCCGCGGCGGUCGAGCCGGAGCAGCAGCAUCGGGAGCGCGGGGAGCGGCAGCGCCGGGAGCGGGAACAACAUCGAGUACACGAGCCUCCGCGACAUGCUGCUAGAAGGGAGCGGCGGCAGCAGCGGCGGGGAGAACCACGUCGUCAGCUGGGGGAUCCGCGGGGGCAGCUGGCGGGAGUGCAACAGCGACAACAUCCACGAGUUCGACGCGUCCAACAUCGGCAUCCGGAACCAGCUGCUGAAGCACGCGGCGUCGGCGUACCUGCAGUCGGCGGUGGUCGUGGGCGGCGGCGCCGGCGGCGCGCGGGAGGGCCAGGGGUGCUGCCUCGUCCGGCUCUGGCGCCGCGUCGCCGGCAGCGUGCGCGUCAGCGGGCGGGGGCGGGUGCUGAUGCGGGCUUGCUCCUGGCAGGGCUGCGUCUACGACAUGCCCGCCGAGCUAUGCGCCCGGGUCGCCGCCUUCUUCGCCGGCAUCUGGACCUAGGCAGCCACCGGUAGGCCAUAGGCGACGGUGCUUCCUCGUUUUGUGUUGUUGUUGUUAGAUCUUGCAUGUCAGAUGCAUGCUGGGUUGACCAAUGCAUGUUUAGUCAGAUAGUACCCUCAUUAUUAACCGGUAGUCUUAUUUGUCA